AGACUGCAAAGUGAUACUGGACUUUGCCCUCGAGAACCCACCGGAGCUGGACGGUUCGGUGACGUUAUCGUGGGCGCCUGGAAAGCGACACAUUUUCCUGAGUGAAGGCAUCCGGCAACACCUGGAACGAUUAAGGACGGAGGUGCGCAUGAAGAGUGCCACGUUGAUACAGGCGACGUGGCGUGGUUGGAACCUGCGCAAGCGGCUCGGUACCAUCCGUCGGACGCACGACAUCCAGCUGAUGAGCGGUGCGAUGCAUUCAAUGAACAACAAGACUUCAGGUACUCGGACGAGUAACGUAACACACGCCAAUGCCAACAACACGGGAACGGCAACGCGACCGAGACCACAACCGAUUGCCGGUACACCGCCACCGGAUCCGAAUGAAAAGUGCGACUCGAAGAUCAUCGCCCAAACCUGCACCCUCUUUGGAUUGGAUUUGGAGCGACCACCACCAGUACCACCAUCUCGGUCAUACACCGUUACAGGCAACUCGAAGCUCGGCUAUCCGCAGACGCGCAUCAUGAAGAUGAACUUCCCGGAGGAUCCAGGUGCCGUCGGGCUCGGUGAACAGCUGCGCAAGGGCGAAGCGGUCACGGUAACGGGUGCGUCCCAUCGGCGCGGUCACCUCAUCGUCGAACACAACGGUAUCAGUCUGCACGUACCCUUCCAGUAUAUGGAGCUGGUAAAGACGAUCGUCCCGGGUGCGGCCCCAGGAGCACCUACCGCAACACAGACCGCCGGUGCCGGCGUCUCGGCACCACCAGCACCACCGACGGCCACAGCCGUUAACAUUUAAACGCAGUGCGUCUGUCGCCGUUUUUGUAACAUACCGGGAGCUCUAGCGAGGAGCUUAUAGAGGGUAAGAGAAGAAGAACAGUGGGAGUAUUAGUUGAUAGAACCUAGAACAGGGAACCUGGACUGCCCAUCGUUAAACGGGAGCAUCUUUAGCCGAUAAGGAUAAGCGACAACAACUGAAUAGCCUUCUUAAGUAACCAGAUCUAGGUGUAAGGGAGCAACGAGAAGACCUUAAGCAUCACGAACAGCGGAAAAAGCGAAAGUGGCGAGCGUCGAGUUACAACAAUCAAGUUUUUUUUUAAUAUUUAAAAUUUACCUUUCCACCUUCGCACCUCCACUUCUGCGACUCUCUGCAAAGAUGCGAAGAGAAAACCGGAACCAGGAACGGAGCGAACCAUGACCGACCGAUCUCGAGGCUCACUUCUCUAGGGCCCCCCUCUCGGAGCGAUCGGAACCCAAACCGCGGUAUUACCACAGCAGACUCUGUUAGUAGAGUAUCAUAACUUUAUUCUUAUUAUUAUUAUUAUUGCUGUUAGCCGAUAAGAUUAUCAAGCUAUUCGUUAGGUUUUGCUUACUAUUACGAGUACGUGUCCCUUUUUUCUCUCUGUCUCGCUACCGUUCUCCGGAUCAAUGAGGAUUCCAUAAGUGCCAACCCUUGCGUAUUUACAUUUGUAUAAGAAUUGUGUGUGCGUGUGUCUAUUUGCAUUGUGGAUUGUUGUUGUUGUUGUGUUGCGUGCGUGUGUCUUGUGUGUGCACGGUGAUCACGUGGAGGCACUCUCCGUUCACCUGUGGAUGAAUGUUUUCUAGCAUUUAAGGAUUAGCAUAGCUUAGGGCUAGUAGAGGAGGUGUUUUCUCUCCAAGUCACCAUCACCAGAACCAUCGGCAAAUUCCCUACCCCUCUCUUUCUUCUCCUCUCUUCCCUUCUUCCUGCGGCAGCAAAAGUUCAAGUCAAAAUCGAAAGCGCCUCUAUCAACCACUUUGAGUGUUUUCGAUUUUAUUCGUAUCACAUUGCCUGCCUUACAGCUUGCCUGCCCCAUUGGUAUCUCUCUAGCCUUCGCUCGGUCGAGUGCUUCACCACUCGAGCGCAGGACCACCACCCUGGUGGCCACAGACCAUUUUACUCGGGCAUUUCCGAAGAGAAGCCCGGCCAGAGAAACGCCAGAGAGUUUCUGAGAAGUAUCAUAAUCGUCCUGGAUGAAAUCGUCAAAAGUUUUUAUCUUUCUCCAGUCGACGUCCUUCCUUCUGCUCGCGCCCCCCUUGUGGUUGUGGUCCCCCU